CGACGACGACGACGAAGACGAAGAGGCGCGCGAGAAAGUUUCGUUUUCUUUAAUGCCCGAACGAUAUACGAAAAUAGAGUGGAAGUUUAGAACAAUAACACACGUACGUGCAUGCUUCUUUUUUUCCCUCUCUCGUUUCUCUUUUCUCUGUCUUCAUCCUUUUCAUUCGUCUUUGUUGGACGCGUGUGUCCGUUUGUGGUUUCGAUGCGGGUGUGAGUAGCAGGUAGAGAACAUCAAGGUAACGAAAGCAACGAAGCGGGAAGCAGUGUUCGAACGUUCUCAAACGUUUUCUGUCAUUUUUCCCCGUUUAAAGACGCCAACGGCGCUUUUUUUCACGAACAAGCUGUGAGAAAGCAGUGACGAUCGAAAGUAAUUUGACGAAAAUGCGAUACGAGUUGUUAAGUCGCCUAGCGUAGUAUAUCGCCUAGCGGCGACGGGCCCAGAGAGAAGCGGCGGAAAAAUGGCGUCCGAUAACGAAGCCUCUUGCGCGAGUGACCCAAAUUUCGCGGUGAUUUGUUCGUUUCUCGAGUGCUUCGGCAAGUCCUGUGGCAUCGUUUACCCUGAUAUUGCACGCCUUCAAGAGAUGCUUGAAAACACGCAAGAGGUACCACAACAGUUGAUUGAUCUCCACAUCAAAUUAUUACGAAAAACACGUAAAACAGUAUCGCCAGAAAAAUGGGAACGUGCACUGGUUAAAUUCUGCCACACGUACUCUAAUCAAGAUGGAUGGGAACUUGAACGUUUUGGUUAUAAGAAAGCCCGUAUUGCAGUUAAACUACGACUACUUAAAAUUCUUUUAGAAACACAAUUUGAUCAAAAUCAAAAGUUUAAAAAUGAAGUAAAUAAAUUAGCAGCUAAGGAAUUACGGGUAGAGCCUUUAGGAAGAGACAAAUCUGGUUUAGCUUAUUGGUGUCAGCUUGACGAAGAGUGCAAUAUAAGAGUUUAUAGAGAAGAUAUAGAUGAAGAAAAUUGGGAACUUGUAGCUAAGGAUCGAGAAGGUGUAGUUAAUCUUAUAAAUACCUUAUCAAAUGGAGAGAUUGGAGCUAUUCCAAUUAAUGAAGACAGUAAUAGUUUAGAAAUUUCUGAGAAACCUAUUAUUGAUACGGGACAAAUAUCUACAUCACCAAGUUUGGAGGAUGUGCAGGAAAAUGGCAUUCGCAAUGAGGGAUCUGAUGAAAAAGAAUUAGAUAAGAGUGGAGGUGAAGAUUUUGAGGAUGAUCGAGAACAAGAUGAUAUUAACGAGGGUGAUAAUAUUGAGGAAGAUAUGGAUGGUGAAGAUGAAAUGACAAAUGAUGGAAGUUCUAAACAAAAUACUGAAGAAGAUGAUUCCCAGCAGACAAUACAAAAUGAAGUAGUAGAACCAAAUUCUACUGAAACAUCGUCAUUAUUGUCACCAAGUCCUCUCAAAAUUUUAAAUGGUAAGAUUGAUAUAUUAUCUGAGAAAGAAACAGUUUCAUCUCAGGAGAAAGAAUUAAACAUUACUCAGAACUCGACUACUAUUAUAUCUAAUGAUACCAAACCUACAGAAACAUACAAAUGUGAAGAGCAUGCAACAGUGAGUAAUUCAAAAAUUGGUUCUGAGGAAUCAAUGCCUCUUAAAUCAAUCGAAACACCUGUUAUUACAUCUCCUCUUAAAUUAGUAAAUGUUUCUGAAAUGAAACAAGUACACGAAGAAAAAGUCAUUACUGGAAUAGCACAUACGUUAAAUAUAACAAAGAAAUAUGAAGAUUCAGCAGAUCAAAUCAUGAAACCACUAGACAAGUUAUGUAAUAAAAAUAAUUUCCCCUUUACACCUACUGACAUACCAACAAGUCAUAGUAAAUUGUCUGUAAAGCCGAUAGAUCAAUUGGCUGCUAAUCUUGUGAGGAUGCAAUCUGAGAAACUUGAAAAACCAAGUGGAGCAAAAUCAUUAGAGAAAAUCGCGGAAAACUUAGCGCGAUCAGGAAGUAUUGUGGGAAACGCAAUAAAUGGAGAUGAUGAUAGAACACCACAAGAUUUUUGUGCAAGAAGUCAAAUAGACAAAAUGAAUUCGCUUCGAGAACAUAGAGGUAUGGAUUUGUCUACAUCACCCAGAGGAUGGGAGAGCACGAAUGAGCAGAACAGACCAAUGGAUUUUUCUGGAAUCGAUUUAUCUAGUCGAAAAUUUAAUAAAACCAUGGAUUUACCAUCUCCCGGGUACAGGACACAAGAUUUUCAACAUAGAGAAAUGGAUCUUAGUACGAAAAAGUUAAAUAAACCAGAAGUUACAAAUUUACCGUACGAUGCUCGGAUGAUGAUGCGUAAUCAUGCUAUGGUAGCAGAUUUAAGUAAAAGGCAAAUGUCAUUUCCUGGUUAUGAUAUGUCUUCUGCUCCAUUUCAUAAUGCUACGAGAAUAUCUACUAAAGACGAUCACAGAUUACCAAAUUAUACGAUAUUGCCAGAUCCGAGUAAAAUUACGGCUCUAAGAAUGAAUCCGACACCAGUGAAACGUCCAUUAGAAGGAGAUGAUAUACAACAAGACAUACUGAAGAGAAUAAGAGCGGAUGUAAUACCAAUUAGAGGUUCCAUGGAUAAGAGAUCAAUAAUGAAUAGUAAUUGGAGAGACGAGGUUGGUGAGGCUAUUGAGGAACCAAUGAUAAUGAUUCAAGGUGAAGGGUCCGGUAGUGAUUGUGACGCAGUUAAUCCUGGGCUUGGAGAAGCUGUAGAGGAACCUAUAAUUUUUUUUUAUGGAGAAGGAUCUGGUGAGGACUGUCAAACAGGUAAUCCUGGUGAAGAAGCAACAACUGACAAUAAAGAAAGCAACGAAUCAAAAACUGAAGCUGAUUCUGCUACUUCUUCCCUGCCGAGUAAAAAUUUAAGCGAUGAUAGCCUUAUAAACGAAGUGUCUACUGGAUCGUUAGUAACAAGUAAAAAUGCCAUAAAAUUAAAUAGAAAUUAUCCACAAUCGAGCAUUAACAUAAAAAGUAAUUGUCAAACUAUAGGUUCAACGCAAGAAAGGUCAAAGUUCAAACCAUCAUUGGGCAUUCAAAUAAUACCAAAAAAUACCAACAGUUCUGUAAAAAGGAUAUCGAGAUGGGACGUUGGAAAACCAGAAGAAAAACCAGAAUGUGACAGCAGUAUCAUAUCAAACGAAGAAGACAUAUCACAGAAGAAAAAUAAAAUUGAAUGCGAAGAUUCCUCUAGUAAAAAUCGAAAUGUUAAAAUAGAUGAAAAUUCUGUAAUUACUGAAAAUUCAACUUCACAAAAAAAGAAUGUAGAAACAGAAAAUUUACAGGAUACUACAGAAGGAAAUUCCCUGAGGCAAAAACUGAGUCCUGUUUUUCAAGAUUCUGUGCAGUGUGAUUCGUCUAUUUCUUCAUGUCAAGCAGAUACAUCAGAAACACUUGAAUUUUAUUCAGAAACUACAUCCACAUCUCAGUCAAUUAGUAAUAAAAAUACUACUGAAAAUGAUUUCGACAGCGUAACUUUGCAUGAAACAAAUAUUUCAGAAAAAGUAGAUAAUGAAUGUAAACCAGCAGUUGCAUCACCACCAAGAUUUUUUUUCGGUCCUAAUUGUAUUUCGUAUACUUCUAGAACAGAAAUAUUUGAAUCGUCAUCUGAUCAUGCAGUUUCAACAACUAUAGAAUCCAAAUCUGAUACACUGCAAUAUGGAUGUGUUUCUUCUUCCAAACCAGCAGAGGAUGUAAUUACUUCUUAUACGUCAGCUAAUUUUGAUGUAAUGCAAAUUAAUAAUAAUUCGUUAAAAAUAAAUUCGUAUGCACCUACGAGUAAUAGUUCACUUUGUGAAGAUGAUAAUAAGAAUAAAAUAGAGAAGGUUGAAGGAUCAACUAAUAUAUGGGAACAAACAGUUCCUUCAAAAUAUUCUGUAGAUGAAGAACAUUGUGCAGUGCAAAAAAAAGAAAUAGAUUUGUCUAAUUCUGAAUCAAAAGAAGAAAAUUUUAAAUCUUUAGUACAAGAUUCUAUCUCUAGUAGUGAAAAUACAAAAACCGAGUACAUGAAAUCUCAAGAAUCAGAAAUAUCAGACAUAAUUUCACACCCUCAUAGUACGAAUGAUAUAAAUAAGGAAGAUAUAAGUAUAAAGCCUGACAAUGCAAUUGUAACACCAUCUACAGUGCAAUUUGACUCAAAUAUUGAAUCUAUGCAAUUUGAAAUAUUAAAAGAAAAUAAUACGUUAGAACAACUGGAAAGUCAGACUAAAAUAUCAGAUUUACAAAAUAAUACCAAUAAAAAUGUGGAAACGUCAAUUCUUUUUUCUAAAAACGAAGAUAAUUAUAAAUCAUCUGAUAAAUUGACAUUUAAAAAAAUUGAAUCAGAAAUGGAUCCAACAUGUAUCAAUAAUUCGUAUUCAUCUUUUGCUCAAAAUUCAGAAUUAGGUUGUACAAGUAGAAAAGACUUUUCUGCUUAUCAAGAAGUAGAUAGUUCGGCAGAAAAAGAAAUGGACUGUGUUUCUGAGAAAGAAUGUGAUUUGUCUGUUGAAAAUUCUAAACAAAAUGAUAAUAUCCCAGAAUUUCAUAGUAGUCGAGAAAAACAAUUGAUAAAUCCUGAUAAUAAAAAUAUGGAAAGUUUAACUGAUUCUGAUACACAUUUGGCACAUAAUUGCACUAAAGAUAGUAAGCAAAGAGAAAUUUCACAACAAAAUGAAAUUUCAGUUGGUGCAUUUAUCAAAAAUUCUGUGCCUGAUAUUAAUACUGAAUUAGAUUUCACAGAUAAUUCCACUGUUACUAGUUCAGAAUCAAUCGAACAAUGUAACAAAGAUGCGUUAGUUCCUACAAUAAGUAGCUCAGAUGAUAAUUGCAUUCAAGACACUUCUGUGUGUGAAAGUGUUAAAGUGCAUUCAGAUUCUGAAAAAUUGUCCUUUAAAGAUGAAUUUUCUAUUUACAAUGUAUUACCAGAGACAGUACCUGACACAAAUAAUUUUAAACCAUCCAAAUCUGAUGCAGUUGAAACUGAAGAAGAAACGAAUGUAUCUAAUAUAACUGCAACAUUAAAAGACCAAAGUUCCUGCAUUGAUCAAGGUUCAAAUAAAAAUAUGAUUAUUGGUGAUGAAUUAUCAAAACCUGAGAAAUCUCCUAAACUAAAUGAAGAAAAAAAAUGUUCUGAUGAAAAUUUGUCAUCUAAUGAAGUUAUAUGUGAUAAUAUUUCAUUGGAAUUAUGUUCAUCUUCUGAUGAAACAGAUAAAUGUGGUGCUGUUAUUGAAAGAAAAAAAAUAGAAAACAUCAAUAAUAUAGAAGAUAUUCAGCAAAAAUCGGAUGGCACUAUGGAAUCUAUAAUUUCAGAAGAAAAGAUGAUUGAACAGGAUGAAAAAAGUGAAAAGACCCAAGUUGAAGAAAAUAAUAUAAAAGAUGAAGAGUUAAUUUCUGGAAAUAAUACUGUAGAAAAUGCAAGUAAUACUCAGCAAGAAUGCAUUAUCCAAAAAUCAAAGUCAGAGGAACCAAAACUAAAUCAAAUAGAUACAAAUCCUGUAAAUCUACAAGAAACAAACAAAGUGAAACAGUCUUUAGUUGCAAAUUAUGAGAGUAGUGAUUCCAAUGAUGAUAGUAAUGAUGUUUUUGAGACCCUUCAAAGAGGAUCAGUUGAAAAUAAAAAUAAUUUGUUUACAGAUUUAAAAGAAACAAUGAUUAGUAAUGAAUCAAAAGUAAAACAAACAGUUGAAAAAUUAAUUACAAAGGAUGAAACAUUGCCUGAAGAAAUACAGAUUACAGUUACUGAUAAGAAACAAAGAGAUUCAAUGUCAGAAAAUAGUAUUCAAAAAAUGGAAGACGAAGAAGUAGAACGUAAAAAGGAAAUGAUAAGUAACAAAGAAAUAAUUGAAAAAGAAUAUAAUUGUAUCAUUAAUCAAUUUGAUUUAAAUGAAAAAUCAAUUAUACAUGAGAAAAAAGAUAUUAAUAUUUCGGAAGAAAGUAGCACUAUGGAAUUAAAAACAGAGAUAUCACCAAUUUUUUCUGAAACUGAAUCAGUGAAUAAAGAAAAUGUAAAUUUAACGCAAACUAAAACAAAUAAUUUAAUAGAUGAAGUAAGUGAAACAGAAAAUAAUGGUUUAGUUCAACUUCCAGAAAAGAUCAUGAAUACAGUUUUUGAAGAAAAAAAUGAUCCUCAAACAGUAAAUUCUGUAAACAUAAUCAGAGUUCAAAAACAAACAAAUGACAGUAUUGAUUUUAAUGAUAUUAAGAGAGAAAUAUAUGAAAAUUUAAAGGAACAACCUAUAAAACCUAUGGAGGAAAAAUUAAUAACAAGUUUUGAUAAUGAGAUCCAAUUUAUUAAAAAUAAAGAAGUUGAACAUGUUACAGAAGAAUUUCCAAUCAUAGAACCAUACAAUAAAUUAACAGAAUUUUCAGAAUUCAGUAAUAAAGGAAAUAAAUUUGAUAUGCAUUUACAUAAUGAAGGAGAUUUCAAUAAAGAUUUACGUGAAAAUGAUACAAUUAUUCAUUCUGUACAAAAUAUUUUGCCACUUGACAAAUUUGACAAUACAUCCUCAGGUAUACAUAAAUCAGAAAUAUAUAAAAAUAACAUUUCAACUGUAUCAGAAGAUUUCAAAUCUAUGGAUAACUUACAGCUUGCAAAUUUUAUAUCCGAAAAAUCAGAAAAUUUAUCUAUUACAGAUAAUCAAGGGAAGCAUAACGAAUCAUUUCAUAUUACAAAUAAAACUGUAGAAUGUCUUCCUGAAAAUACUGUCUCUAGCCCAAAUAAUAAAUCAGCAAUUUUUAAUACACAAGAAACUGCAUCGGAAUCUACAAUCAUAAAUGAUUUUAAGAAGGAAGCUGGUAAAAGAUUGAGCGACGUUUCUGAUAUUCAACAUGUUCCUCCAUUAAAAUCUAAAAUUCUAUGUACAGAAUCUAAUGAACAAAUAUUAGAAGACUUGACAAAUUCUAAAAUAGAAUCGGAUCAAAAUGUGGAUAAUUUUAAACAAGAUGAAAUUGAUGAAACCAAAAUAUGUGAAGAUGUGGUAUCUGAUGGUAUCACGGAAUAUUUAACAAAACAUAAAUCCAGUACAAUAACAAUGGCUGAUACGGCGGAUAAUGUGUUGAAUGAUGUACAAAGAGACAAUGAUGAAAAUGAUGAGAAGAAAGAGAGCUCAGAAAUUCAAAGUAUCGAAGUGAAAGCAGUCUCCUUAGUAUCUGAUGAUUCUAUGGAAGUAGACAACGAAAAUUUAUUCGGUACAGUUUCCGAAGAAAUGGAUCCUUUAGCGUGUACUGAUGACGAUACGUUUAAAAAAUUAGGCGAUACCGAGCAAAGUGACAUCUCUGCUCCAAAAAUAGGUUUACGAGUUAAACCCGUAUCUGAACUUGUUUACGAUGGGUGGAAAUUGGAUUCCAUUGAAUCACCAAAAAUAUCCCGUAAACGACGUCAUAGUUUCCAUGAAUCAAAUUUUGAAGAUACAGUUGCAAAACAAAAUGAUGAAGAAAUAAUAGAAAGUAAAAGAAUAAAAUUACGUGCGAAACGUAUACCUGAUGAAGAAUUGCGAAAAUCUCUAGAGGAAAGUCGUGUUGUAACAAUAAGUUCGGAAGAUGAGGCUGUGAAAUGUAGUGCUGAAAAGUCGGAAGAUCAAGAAGUUAAAGAUGCCAGUGAUGAUCAAAAUACUACUCAUUCGGUUACAAUUGGAAGAAAAGCAAGAGGACGUCCUAGAGGAAGACGAAGGCGCGGUUAUAGAGGAAGCGGACGUUCUGCUCGAUCAAAACAUUCAGAAUUUCAAAAUAUUCAACCUUCUGAGGUAUCGCCUGAAAUUCAUCUUGAUGGAACGCCAAGUAAUAACGACUCUUUAAAUAUGACACCAAUUUCACAGAAGAAACGAAAGAAAAGAAAAAUGGUUUUGGGCCUAGAAGUAGGUAGAGAUAUUGUUCCUGAAACACAGACAGGAUUAAUCCAAGAUGAAACACCCGUAAGACAGUCUAGAAGAAUAGCACAAUUAAAAAUUAAAGAAGAAGCAGAUAGACGAAGGAUAGAGGAAGAGACUUCAAAUGAAAGAAAAGAAAAGAAAGAUUCUAUGGAGAAAAAGAAGCGAAAGAAACCAAAGCCUGAAAGUGAAGAGGAGAUCGUGAUAAAAGAAACAGAGAAAGAAAAGAAAUCAAAAAAGAAACGUAGAAAAAGGAAAAAGAAGAAAAUGUUGGCUAAAUUUAACGAAGCAAAUCCAUGGCAAAGUUCUUCAGGUUCUAGUAGUGAUGAUGAAAAUGAGAAUGAAGAGGAAGAAGAUGAAGAAGAAGAAAUAGAGAGUGAAGGAUCUUUGCUUUUCAAAAGUGAUCAUGAAUUUUCACCUGAAAGCGAUCUUGAAAAAGAUCAAGAAUCUGAGCCAUUAAGAAGAGCAAGAACUGCACAGAAAGCUCAGAGUGAUGUUGAAGAAGCAGAUGAUGAGUAUGCCUGUCAAAAAUGUGGUAAAGCAGAUCAUCCAGAAUGGAUACUUUUAUGCGAUUCUUGUGACAAAGGAUGGCACUGUUCUUGCCUUAGACCUGCACUCAUGCUAAUACCAGAGGGUGAUUGGUUCUGCCCUCCGUGUCAACAUAACUUGCUGGUGACUAAAUUAAGAGAAAGCUUGAAAAUGUAUGAUCAAUUGACGAAAAGACAUGAAAAUGAAGUUUUAAGAAAGAAGAGACUAGCAUUUGUCGGUAUAAGUCUGGAUAACGUCCUUCACAAAAAUGAAUCGCAACGUCAUCAGAAAGGAUCAAAGGCAUCUAGCCAAGAAUCUGAUAAUGAAUCUUCAUCUGCUUCAUCUUCAACAAGUACAGAAACAUCUAGCAGUGAAGAAAGUGAACCUGUAUACCAAUUACGUGAAAGACGAAGCGCUAAUAAAUAUAAAUUUAAUGAUUAUGAUGCUAUGAUCAAUGCUGCUAUCCAAGAUGAAGUAGAAGCAGUUCAAGGAGCUGGAAAUCAAGGAAGAGGAAAAGAUAUUGCAACUAUAGUUAAUGCGGAAAAAGAAGAAGCGCAGUUACAUUUUAAAAAUGAGAUACUAAAUAUCGAAGAAAUUUCGGAAAGUAAAGACGACAUUGAUAAAAAAUCAGAAAAAGAAAGUGAUGAAGAGUACAAGAUGGAAUGUGAGGAUGAUAUUGAUGAGGAAGAAGAACAACGACAUAAAGGUGUAGCAAAAAAAUUCUUAUCACGUAAGAAACAUCGUAGACUGAAUAGUCUUGACAUAAGCAGUGAAGAUGAUCCUGAAAGUGACGAAGACUUCAAAGGUUCAAGUUCUGAAGAGGAGGAAGAUUUUGACGAUCAUAUAACAUCUUCUGAUGAAAGCACUUUUGCUGAUGUAAAACGACGUAAUAAAAAAGGAGAUUCGCGAUCCGUACGACGAAGCACUAGAGCCAGAACAACGCGUUAUGAUGAAGAUUUCAUAAAUGACGACAGUGAAGAAAGUGAUAGACCAAAAAGAAAAAAAUCUCGAUCUACAUGGGAUUCAGAUAACGAAGAUAGCGAUAACUCAUGGCGACAGAGAAAAAAAAAAAGUAGAACCAUAUCAACAUCUAGAUAUAAAACAUUACCGAAGACAAAGAACAGGAGGAAGAAAAAGAGAAAACGUAUAAUCGAAUCUGAUAAUCAAAGCGAAAACGAGGAGUCAAAUGAUGAACCAAAAAUUGAAAUGACGUGUCAAAUGCAACCGCAAUUAGAAAACAACGAAACCAUAAUGUCUGAUGUAUUAGAUGUUAAACUUGAUAAUGUAAAUGAAAACAACGAAGACAAACAUGUUAAUCAGAUAAAAAAUAUAAAAUUACCAGAAAUAAACCCGGAAAUGUCUGAUAUAUCUGCCACUCUACCAUUAGAAGAAAUAACGCAACAAAAGAAGAAAAAGAUUAUAUAUGGCGGUCUUCCAGAUGAAAACAAACCAGAAGAAGAAGAAAUAUUAAGUAGGCGAACACGCGGUAAAAAGAUUAAUUAUCAAGAAGAAAUGGCAUCGGAUAGCGAAGAGGAGUUAAAAAAGGCAUUAAGAAAAACGGGAGAAAGUGAGGAUGAAUUUGUCGUAAAUGAAGGUGAAGAUUUAAAUGAAGAUGCCGAAAAAGAUUCAGAUUCAGGUGAUAUUUAUAAUCCAAAAAAAGAUGGCCAUAAAUUUAAAAAUAAAUCGCCAAAAACUAGAAAACCUAGGAAAAGUAAGAGUCCUGGUGGUAAGCGGAAAAUGUUGAACGAUGGAACACCGAAGCAAAGAAAAAAGCCUGGUCCAAAACCUGGAAGUAAAAACAAAUCACGUAAACAAAAUUUUUUGUUUAGUUCUGUUAUUCAAAGGAGAGAUGAUCAAGACGGCGAAAAAGAUAUCAUCGCGAAUGUCAUAGAUAAUCCUAUAGGAGAGAUAGAUACGAAACUCGAUGACAAUCUUUCAGAGAAUGUAGGUUUAACUAGUACAGCUAUGUCGGUAGCAAGUUCUUUUACUGGAGAUGUCCCAGAGGGUUCCUUAACAGUACUUGGGCCUAGUGAACUAGCUGAUUUAGAUGAUGAACAAUUAGAACAAAUGAUGAUGGAGGACGAAGAAUAUGGCAGACGACAAUUGGAACUUGCAGCUAUUGAAAUAACAAAAAAGAAAAAGAAAGAAGAACGAGAAGCAAAAAAAUUAGAAAAGGCACGAUUAAAAGCACUAGAGAUAUUGGCGGCUGAAAGACAACGAGAUCCUAACGCGCCAGAAGGAACUGACGGAGAUGUACCAAAGAAAAAGAAAAGAGGCCGUCGGAGUAAAGCUGAAAUUCUUGCAGAACAGAUGCGCAGGGAUGGAGCGCCAAAUUUGAGUAUUACUACUUUGGCUGCUAGCGUGCCACAAAAUUUGAUAACUACUAUACCGUCUAAUAUUACAACCAAUAUGUCAGCGAUUAUGACGCCUGAUGCAGAGAGGACAGGCGAAGGACACAUUCCUAUGAUGACAGGACCAGAUGGACAACUUUUUAAUCCUGAUGGAUCACCUAUGAAACCUAAGAGAAGAGGACGUGGUAAGGGUAAAAAGACUCUUGCGCUGGAAGCGGCUAGAGCUGCUGAAGCAGCAGCAAAAGCUGCUGCUGAAGCUAAUUUAAUUGGAAUGGGUACUGAUUCCAAUUCGGAGAUAAAACCUAACGAAAUCCCGAAUGUACUUCCUACACCAGGCAGUAGUACCUCCGGUUCGGCUCCGUCCACCCCACCUGCUGGCGUUGUUACAACACAAGGACCACCUUCCUCGCAAACUCCGACUUCGCAAACUGUUUAUCCAUCAUUGCCGCCUAACCAACAGUCUUCCGUUAUCACCAGGAUGCUUCAGUCUCAACCUGUGUCGAGUAGUCCACAAUCAUUCUCCGCUGCAGCUGCAGCAAUGGGACAUAAAUAUUUUGGUGGACCAAACGCUGGGAGUCAAAUAAUGGGCGGACCUAGAACAGGUUACGAAAUGCAACCACGCGGAAGAAUACCGUCUCCAUACAGACAACCGGGACAAUCCUCUAUACCACCUCAUUUUGCUGCUGUAAGAUCAGGAUCUUCAUCAAUGAGAAUGAGGGUACCUGGUCCACAGAUGUAUCACACCCCGCAUCAUCCAAUGGAUCCUUCUCCGUCAGGUGGUGGACCAAUAUCGAUUAACAAUCGAGAUCGUAGUUCUCCACUUGGUCCUGGACCUGCAAUGAUUCCACCAGCUGCUGGAAGUCCUCUGGCAAAAGGUGGUCCUACACCUCCCCCACCUCCUCCUUAUGUCAGAGGAGCACCUUCCAUGUCCAGGUUUACAGAUAAUCCCAUGGGUACCAGACAUCAAAUGCCGCCUUUCACCAAUGCUUCACCGGUAAAUCAUAAUAUGCAACAACCAUCGCCACCUCCUAAUCGACCACCUGGUAAUUUUUCACCAUAUCAUCCUCCACCUCCUAAUUAUCACUAUGGUGCCUAUCCACCUCCACCGCCGAUGUCCACAGCAGAUGAUGCAGCCGCGUAUCAAGGAUCUCCGUAUCCUGCGGAUCAUUUUUCCUCCUCUGCAGAUAAUCAACCACCUAUUCAAGCCCCACCUCCCCCUCAGCCUCCACCUCAACAGCAAACGCAUGCAAAUGAUGCUAAUGCUGGAAAUAAACAAUACGAUGAAGAAGGUACUGGAGAAUUUGGCGGUUUAGUAUCAUACUUCAGUAGUCAGAGAGAAGAUGAUCUUGAUUCGUAGCAUGAGUGAGAUCUUGGCCAACCCUGAAACUUUAUGUAGGAUGCAUUCGAUAGUGAUAUUUUAACGAUCACAACUUUUGCUCGAGAGGGCAAAUACAAGAGAAACAUGAAAGGAGUUAGCAAGAUGUAACGUAAUCGUAAAUAAAAAAAAAAGUAGAUAUACAUCUGUAUCUACUUUAUGUAUAUUAUACAUAUAUGUGUCGGGGCAUUGGAAUGUUUGAAAUAACGAUGAAAGAAAGAGUAUUUGCAUAACAUAUGAUGAUGUAUGUUCUAACCUUAUUUUAUAUGCAUAUUGUACUGUUUUAAAAAAUAAGAGAAAAGUAGAAUUUAGAAUUGUCUUCCUCUUUGACCUCUUAAGCAAACAGUUGUUCAAAACCGUACUUUCGAAAUAAAGAAAAGGAAAGCCGCCAAAACCAAAUCCGAGGUUGGCCAAGCGAAAAUAAGAAAAAAAAUAUUAUAUUAAUCACUAACAAUGGAGCCUAUUUCCUAAAAGUUGUAAGCUUUUUGUAAUUAGUUCAAGUUUGAUUAAAUUUAUAUAAAGCAAACGAGACCAGCCGCUAGUAACAACGUAAGUUGCGUAUUGCUAGAGAAAGGAUUAUACAAAAGAUCUGACCAGAAUUUUAACUAAACAUUCAUUAGUAUUUACACAGGAAAUUUGUGCACAGUUACUUCUGAAUCCAUUGUAGGUGUGUAGAUGUCCUUUCCCAGAUAAACAUUUGCUGUUGAAAAAGUCGAUCUUAGUAGUAAUCAGGAGAAAAAUUAACAAAUUCAGACUAUGCGCCGUUGUUAUAUGUAUAUAUGUAAAUACAAUAAGUCCUUUAGAUUAUAUUAUAUUAUAUGUAUUAUAUAUACACAGUCACGCAGAACACUAUAAAAUGAAUUAGUGCAAAGGGCACAAAUGUAAUAUUUAAAUUAAAACGAAAGAAACGGCAUCCGAUUAUAAUAAAUUAACAAAUGGUGUGAAGACUACUACUAUAAUUAUUUAUAAAAAAAAUUAAGAAUUUAUGACAGGUAGUAUGUAUAUUGUAUUUUACAAAUUUUACUUGAUAAUUAUAAUAAAAGAAUAAAACAUUUGGAUAUAGUGGUAUUAGAGAACAGGAGGCUGCUAAGUCCAAUUCUAAGAAAGUGAAAAAAAAGAAAUUUAAUGAAAUUGACGUUAGGCGUGUGUAGAUAAUCUGAAGAAAUAGUUUAAAGGAAAAAAUUUUUUAUUCUAUUAUGGCGUGCAAUUACAAAUACAUAUAAAUACGUUUACGUGUAGCUACAUGUGUUUGAAUAUAUAUGACUUUCUUCUCUUUUUUUAAUACGUGCAACAAUGUUGGCAAAUGAUUAAAAUAUUUUUUUUGUUUCUUAUUUUUUCUAUAUAAAUUCUUUUUUUAGAAAAUCUUUUUAAGAAGAAAUAUAUAUAUAUAUAU